CCCAUGAGUCUAAUUUGAACAAAUAAAUAGCAAACAAUAGCAAUUCCUUUGGUUUGGGAACAGAAUAACAACGCCGUGUCUUUCCUCGUCGGGUUUGCUAGGAAUCUCAUUACUGACGUGGUAGCGCCCUGUCAGUUCGAUCUUCGCUGCUAUAUUUAUGCCUAUACAUAUUUAUAACCUCAUCCCUUGCUCAUCUGCAUCAAAAACACUUACCAAUCUUCCGUUUCUGCUUAUCUUAUAACACAAACACAUUAUUUCGUAUUUUCCAGAUAUUUGGGUAAUGUGUGGGCAAAGGAACGGGUACAGAGGCGUGCAGAGAACUUUACAUAGUGCAACAGGAAGUAACUACCCAAAGAGCAGGGCCUCUGGCAUGGAACCUGAAUCAGACUGGACGAAGCAUAGAGUAUCCUCAGCAUUCACAGCUCAAGUGAUCCGUUCUGCAACAUUGCUUAUGCCUUGGUGCUGUAAAAUCCCUAUAGGUGAUGGAUUUCAUGAGUUUCUUUAAUUAGUUGAUGAGCAUUUAGAAAUAUUAACGCGUUCUUUGGGAGAUAUAUUUGUUGUACCGAAUACAAGAAUCAUCUGGAAAAUGCCUUUUUUUGUGAGAGGAAAGAAGAGAAUCACUGAAACCAAUAUGUGUCUCACCUCUCCGGUUAAACAAGAUAUACUGAUUCAUUCAAAAGGCAAUCCUCAUUCAUCAUCUCAGGCCACUAAUGAAUCAGACAGCGCACUGCUUCCAGGGCUUUCAGAUGAUGUGGCCAAGUAUUGCCUUACUCUUGUUCCUCGUUCCAGCUUCCCCGCCAUGGGUGGUGUAUGCAAGAGGUGGAGGUCAUUCAUUCAAAGCAAAGAAUUCUUAACAGAGCGAAGAACAGCUGGAAUGCUUGAAGAGUGGCUUUAUGUUCUAAUUAUGGAUUCUGAAGGGAAGGAAAGCCACUGGGAGGUUUUGGAUUGUUUGGGACAGAAAGGUCGGCUGCUUCCACCAAUGCCUGGACCUGCAAAAGUUGGGUUUGGGGUAGCUGUCCUUAAUGGAAAGCUUCUUGUCAUAGCAGGCUAUUCGGUGAUCAACAGGACUGCCUCCGCCUCAGCAGAUGUUUACCAAUAUGAUUCUUGCCUCAACAGUUGGAGCAAAUUAGCAGACCUGAAUGUUGCUCGCUCUGAUUUUGCUUGCGCAGAGGUAAAUGGCAUUGUUUAUGUUGUUGGAGGGUAUGGGAUUGAAGGUGAGUGCCUCUCCACUGCAGAGGUGUAUGACCCCGACACUGAUAACUGGACCCUUAUUGAAAGUCUACGCCGACCACGCGGGGCUUGUUUUGCAUGUGGAUUGAAUGGAAAACUUUAUGUCUUGGGUGGAAGGUCAAGCUUCACUAUUGGAAACUCAAGGUUUGUGGAUGUGUACAACCCUGAGAAGCACACUUGGUAUGAGAUGAAGAAUGGUUGUGUCAUGGUCACUGCCCAUGCUGUGCUAGAGAAGAAGCUUUUCUGCAUGGAGUGGAAGAACCAGCGGAAGCUGGCAAUCUUCAACCCGGAGGACAAUUCCUGGAAGAUGGUUUCUGUUCCGUUGACAGGGAGCACAAAUAUAGGGUUUCGUUUCGGUAUAUUCGAUGGAAAACUUUUACUAUUCUCAGUGGAGGGAGACCCUGGUUACCAUACCCUUUUGUAUGAUCCAAAUGCAGCCCCUGGUUCAGAAUGGCAGACUUCUGAUAUAAAGCCUUCUGGUUUGUGCCUUUGCAGUGUGACAAUCAAAGCUUGAAAGAAUCACUCCCUGACAAUUAAGAAUCUCCAUCAAGUCCAGAAUGUCUCUGUCCAUUUGCAAGGAAUCUUCUCAGUAAGUUCAUUUGACUGUAUUAAGUUUUUUAUGGCAAUUUAUUUGUAUGGGAACAAUGAACAUGUCAUUGUCAGGUUCCAAAACUUUCUGUUAGAUUAUCUUGCUGAUGUUGAACUAAUUAAUUUGAUUUCUGUUUACAAUUUUAUUUUCCUGGUUGAUAAUACUCUUUUAAUCUGUAGACUUCCGUCCUGCCCUUAGUUUAUAUGCUCGAGUAUUGUUAAAAUAAAAAUUACACUAGCAGCGGCAUGGAUUGGAAUAUACAGAUUCGGCUGGUUCCUGCUAGGGGAAAACGACUAUUGGGUGUAUAAAAAAUUUUGACUAAACGCCACUGAGCGUCCAGUGGAAUGAAUACGUAUUGGCAUUACUUUUGAGCUGGUCAUGAUGAUCGGAUCAAAGACCGGUAAAGUGAUUUGAUUA